AUGGCAGAUGCUCCACCUUCACUUAAAAAAGUACGGGAUGCAUGCAAAAGAAGAGGAGCCACUGGCGCCAAAGGAUUAUCAAGGUAAAAAAAAGAUUUUCAGGGAUGAUUCUUUAGUGACCCAUACAGUGUCUACCUUAUUAUAGGAAAUUAACGUUUCGUCACCUCCAUCAGCGUGUAGAGGAACACAAACAUUCCGCAACUGGCAAGCAUUUCUUGGAAAAACACAACUUAAAACGGAUGAAUCUUAACACAAACUUUAAGGUCCUUAAGAAAUGCCGAGGGAAGCUUGAGUGUCUGAUCUUCGAAAUGCUUAUCAUCAGAAACAAAAGACCUACAUUAAACACUCAAGCGGACUCCAUCCAGGCAAAACUUUUUAUUUGAUUGUUAGUUUGCUCCAUCUUCACUCCGCAAUUUAACUUGACAGAUUCCUGACACUUUUUUUUCUGUGUACAUAUCACCAAUUCAUGCUAAUUUUUUUUGCAUUUGAUAAUGAUGACAUGGGGUCAUGGAAACAUCGUGUCACUUUUUUAUCGUUGAUUUUUCUUUUAAAAUUAAUGCAAAUUUCAAAAGAUCGUGUUACAUCUGUACACUGUAAUUUCUUCACCAUUAAUUAAGUGGAAGCAUUAAUUUCCAUGACCUUAAUUUCCAUUAUUUUGGACCAAAAUUCUGGACACACUAUUGACAUUCUUGACAGCUAAGAGAGGAGUACCGUAAAAUUCCAAAAGUAAGCCCUCGGGCUUAUAUUUUUCAAAGGCCCUUUUUGAGGGGCUUAUUUUUGGAGGGGCUUAUAUUUGGAGGGGCUUAUCUACGGAGCGAAAUUUGUGUCUCAAAAUCGAUUGGGCUAGCCUUAUAGCUGGAAGUAAAUUUACCGUUUUUGCUUUGUUUUACUUUGCAUUUGAGGGCAAUUUUCCAAUUAAAAGCCCCUGGGGGCUGAUAUUUGGAGGUGCGAUUUAACGGAGGGUUUUUUACUUUGCUGGUUUGGGGGGAGGGGCUUAUUUUGGGAAUUUUACAGUAUUUUAUCAGCGUGGAGAUCCACCAGUAUCAGUAAAACUGUGAAUAACCCUUGAAGUAGCCAGAUUUCUUUGCUUGACCCCCUUAUUAAAUGUUCAUAGGAAAGGGAGAGUACAAUGAACAAAGUUUCUGUUUCAGAUUAUAUGGUUAACUUUGUUCCCACUGUCUCAACAAGUUUUGUUUCUUUGUGAACCUCGCAUUAUUUUCCUUCAUUCCGAAAUGUGACCCCCUUUCUUUCGCAUUGAUUUCCUUUACUUGACAUCGUUGCCAUUAAAUUUAUGGUAAUUUAAGUUAUGUUAAUUUCCAAAACCUUAAUUUCAUUGAGUGUUAAUGUCCUAUAAUAAGUAGUGCUGUCAAGUCUCUUGGAUAAUCCGGGACACUCCAGAUUUUGGACUGUAUUUCCCGGUCUCCAGAUCAGAGUAUGAAAUCUCCUGGAUAAUCACCGAAGUUUGCCAUUAUUUUCUUCAGAAGACACGACUUUCUGACAAUAAAGUGUCAACUAUUUUGGGUUGUUUGAGCUAUUUAAAAUUAAUGUUAACAUUGAACAUUUUCUCAUAAACUCCAGUAUCCCAUUGUUAAUAUUUGAUUGGUGGGAAGUAAACCGAUCAGGUCAAAUGUUACAAUACCAACCACAUCUUUUCCGCACAUUUUGUGUUAUCACAAAUUCGUGGUGAUCAAAGUGAACGAGUAAGUUUUGCACAAAUGACAUCACGUGCCAUGCUUUAUGAUGUUAUCUAUCAUCCCUUCCCCAUCAAUUCUCAAUAUUUGAAGAUGUGGGGGGUUGACAGCCCUGAAUAAGGUAGUCACUUGCCUACAAAGAGGCAGCAUGGGGAGUGGUUAGAGCACUAAACUUGUAAUCAGAAUGCCCAUAGUUCAAAACCUGUCUUGACCUAUCAUGAGCUGGAACUACUUGUUUUGGUAGUCCCGUCAAACAGGAAUUAUUUUAUUUUGAGUGCACUAACUGUAAACUUGCUAGUCAAAGGCAGUAAUAAUAUUGAAAUCCAAAUCAGUCAUAUGAUAAUUAAAACCCCACAGGGCUGUUAAUAUGGGCCGGUUCCUUAGCCGGCUACUUUCAUCUCCUUCUACCAUAUCUGCUAACAAAAAAUAAGCACCAUUGCAUAAAAUUGUAAAGCAUCAGUUUCCCAGUUUUGAAUGACAUUGAGCACAUAUUUAAGCAGUUUAGAUCUGUGAAAUGUUUGAACCAUGCGGUGUUGUGGAACGCAUGGGACAUUUUGACAGCAUUGUUCCCAGUCUUGCAUGUAUUCCUACGAAACAACAUGGCAUCUGUGGUGGGAAAUACCUCUUGAAAACCCCUGCAAACGUGAUUUCAGAGACUCUAAAUUUCAAAAUGUCCCUAGAUUCCUUGGCCCUAAGAAACUUGUGUCUUUGGUUUGAGUUCCAAAGCUGCCUACAAUUCAUAAUCAGCCUGCUAAUUAAAAAAUUUUUGACAGCCUUGACCCCACCCUGCUAGCAGAGUCUUUCUUUCACUUGCUUGAUUUUGGUGUACUCAAGAAAGACUGCAUGAGUAGUAUCUCCUUGUACAUGCACUUGCUACAUGUUGCUGGGAUACAGGCCAAACAGUCACACGCGUCGUACAGCAGGCUCAGUUUAAUGACCAUCGCUUUAUCAAUAAAUUGUUUCUCACACUUAAAAAGACAGUUUGAACAGUGAUUUUGUUACAGUUUGCUAAUUGUGAGUCCUGGGACUCAUCCUGUAAAACAUCAUGAGUCCCAGUUCAAAACACAGUGAGUCCUUACUUUUAUAUUAAAAGAUUCCACAAUUCCCAUAAAACCAGACUAUCACGUUUUAAUCUGUUGUCCAUUAUCAAUAGCAUUAGCACUUAUUUCUGCAACACAGUCAUUAUUGUCAAUGAACUAAAAUCAAAUUACAGUCUUUCUAGCAAAAAAUAGAAAACAGUAAUGCUGUCACUGUCGGGAACACUCUUGGGUUUUUAGUUGUUUGGAGAGAUACCUAGCCAGUGUCCUCGAAAACUUAUCUAUUUUGUCCUGGCAUAGGAGAAAAACAGUUUUGGGUGGCAUUUUCGAAUUUUCAUAUUAACGUUAACAAGACAUAGUUCUUGAAGCUUAGAAUCAGUUAGAAGAAAGCUUUUUCGUACUACAAAGCACCAUGUCGGCCAUCAUGGUUCAGCCACGUGCUUUUUACAUAUGGCAAACAUAAUGAGUAACCACUCCAUCAGGUAAAUAAACAUGGCCGCCUUUGAAAAAAAUCUUAUCAGAGAAUUUGCAUGAAAAUAUGUUUAUCUGUUCAUCCAAAAAUUGUUCUUAACCUAUUUAACAAGCAGACGAUAUUACUCUUUUGUUUUGAGGUAGCUCUCAAUACAUAUUUAAAUUUUCACAAACAGGGCAUUCUUCGAAAACAUCUUUAGAUUGAUCAAUCUAUCGAUUGUUGCAUCUCAAAAGACACAAGCCAUCAAUAUUAUUAUUCUGCAUCCUUGAGAAUUUUUAUGUGUCAGGGACACAGGGGUAACAAAAUUAAGCUGUGGCACUGUGUCAGCUUCAAAGGCUUGGUGCGAUUCAAGGGGCUGUGUCAUGGCAGUCCAGUUCAUUUUGUUUAAUUUUGCCAGUUACUAGCCCUCAAUCGCUACAGAAAUUAAAGUAAGCAAAGAAAUUACAUUUAAUCACAAAAUCAGAGAUUCGAAACAGACAAAUAUGUCUCCUGAGCAUUAUUUUUGAAGUUGCAAACAGCAGAGAUCAGUUAGACUGAACAGUUAGACAGAACAGUUUUCAAAAACCCUAAUUUCAAUCCGUUUCAAUUGUCUUCAGUUUUGCCCAUCCGUGGCAUCUGUUGUGUUAUUUUAACCUUCCCUUAAUGUUUUAAGUGGUUAUUUUUACAUGUCUCUUAAUUUAAUGGGCAUUUUGUAAUUACCUAAUUAGGCUGAAUUUCAUGACUCAGCUCCUUUAAGACAGAGCCUCCUUCUUUCCUCCUUGAUCAAGAAGACAAAAGGAAGCUCUGCUCACAGAGUGUUAAAACCCCCACUGGCAUAAGAUAAACCAUACCAAUUACAGGGGCGGGUCUAGGUGGAGGGUGCCAGGGGUGCGCGCACCCCCCCCCCUUUCCCGAGAUGACCUGCCGCUUUCUAAUACAACUCGUAUUCUUGUGGUUUAUUGGUGUUGAAGUAGAGCAAGAGAUGAGUGCACCCCCUCCUAAAAAAAAUCCUGGAUCCGCCCCUGAGUUAGGUAUUCCCACAGAAGAUAAUGGCCAUGCUCCAAGCUGAAUAGGGAACUUAAGCACCAGACAUUCUUGAUUCAGAACGGCAUGGCUUGCCGCGCAGAACUGGAUCAGGGACAUGGUUUGCAUGCGAAAUGCAAAUCAUUAACCAUCACGAACACCAACAGAAUAAUUCAGUUGAAAAUGUCUGUCAAAGAUUUGCGUUAGGUUUUGUUUCUUUCUUACAAAAGAGAACAUGGUUUUAAACGAAGAAUUUCCACUUUUGUUUGACGAAUGUUCUUCGAAGAACCCAGAAUUUGAACCUGAAAACUCGCGUUUUGAAGUCUGUGACCGCAGCUCAAGAAUGUCUUGACAUGCGCAGUGGCUGUCAUGCGGCAAAAAUACUUCUGGUUGGUGUGCGUGGUACCAAGAACGUCUAGUGCUUAAGUUCCCUAAUGAUUUUCAAAGUCACCUUUUGGUGACUUGAAAUUAUAGAACAGUUGCCAGACAUUGAUCACCAUAAUGCAACACUACAUAAACGGUUUAAAAUCUAAAUGGCUGUUCAACUAUCACAGUCAAAUUUUGAGUUGCUAGACACCUCAGGACAGGCUUCAUACCUCAAUGACCAGGGUGAAAGAGAAGAACUGUGUAGAAACCAGAGUCUAUUAAUUAACAAUUAUUCCACGAGUGUGUAUUGGAUAUGAGAUGGCGGAUAGCCAACAAGGCACGUAGCACCAAGUUGGCUAUAAUCAUCUCAUAUCCAUCAAGGGCAAUUAGUAUAAUUUAUUGUUUUCUUAAAAAUGCCCACAAAAUAUCGAGAAUUCUUCCCAACUUUAAUUAUUGGUAAAAACAACCGAUUUUCAGCUUGUUUUUAAUUUUGUACAGUUACUAUUUUGGAGAGCAUGGUAUAAUAUACACUUAAUGUCAGAUCCCGAGGGAAACAGUUAGUUUUGUUUUCCCAAGAGUCCUGAUGUUUCCCGAGACGAAGUCAAGGGAAACAUCAGGACUCAAGGGAAAACAAAACUAACUGGUUUCCCGAGGGACCUGACAUUAAGUGUUUUGUUAUAUUUCUAGACUUUCACUUCAACAGCAACAAAACACAUGCAAUAACCGGAGCGAACCAAAACAGUCGACUCGGUACUCAUAACAACACAAAUUUAAUUCUCAAAACCACUGAAUGAAUGAUUUACAAACAAAAGUACUUUCCUCAUAUUAUCUGCAUCUUUUUCCUCCACUAGCUGCUGUUUUUCUUCUGGGAACUUCUGGGAUAACUUUAAAAAUCGUUGCUUUUUAGCUUGAGGCUUCGUUUUUGUGUUGUUGUGUUCAGUCACGAAAAAGAAAACUGGCAGGACCUGGCGGUGUUUUUCCCGCCUUCUGUCACACCACUUUCCACCAUGCUUUGAUCACGUGCUGCAAUGUAUCCCGAGCGGGAUACAUUGUUUAAUGUAUCACGAUCGGGAUACAUUUGAUUUUAGUCAAGGCCACGUGACCAAGAAUCAACCAAUGGCAGUCCCUGUUUCGUUGAGUGAAAGUCUAGGAAUAUAACAAUGGCUCAUAUACCAUGAUGGCUAAUUAAGCCAAUCAGAACUCUAGAAUUGCAUCAUCUGGUUGAUUCAGUUUUUCAUAAAUAAUAAUUAUUGCUUCGUGCAAAUGUUUACCUUACUUGACCUUUACAAAGGCUGUAAAUCACUAGUAAAUUAGUAAAAACAAUAUAGGUUACCAAAUUAAAUAAACUUCUGCAGCAAUUUCACUUACCAAAAGUUUUUCUUUCUUUGUGUAUCGUAGGGUGGUACAGUUGUGUUUAUUUUAGUUUGCAUUUUGCAGAGCUUUUCGUAUCUAUGAUGACGACGGUUCAAAAACCCUGAAUCGUGAUGAGUUUUUUACUGGUCUUCAGGAUUAUGGAGUUACUCUGACAGCUGAGGUAUGAACUGCACUUUCAUAUCACACUUUUGUUGCCUUUUGAUGCAAAAAAAUUAUUCAGCAGAUACAUUUAACUCCUAGUAAACCAGUUACUCAAGCCCUCGCUAACUUAUACUAAAGUCGACUUCCCCUGGAUUUUUUAUAUUAUUAAUUAUUUAUUUAUUUACAAUACUUUCAGAUUAUUAUAAUACAAUACAGCUGUACUUACAAACUUACAACUUUCACAUAUAAUAAUACACCUGCAGAACAUACACCAACAUUAAAAAAAGGAAAAAAAAGACUCGGAAAACAUCUACUUAGAAUACGCUUACAGUAUUUACCAUCUCACUAUCACAGGAUUUUUGUCUUGCAUUUACUGUAAUUUGACCCUAAGUAACUUGAAACCUCAAUAACUCAAACCUUCUGCUAACUCGAAGCAAUUAUAAUUAUCAGGGCUUGACACUAACACUUACCCGUUCACCACUGGAAAGUAAUAUUUCUGAGUGGAAAGUAAAAAAAGCAAAUGAACCAAAAAUACUUGCCCGAUCGGGCAACUACUUCUAGACAACGCGGGAAAGUAGUUUUUUUUAAACACCCAAAUAAAAAAGAAAAGAAAACGAAUGUGUUUAGUUAUUACAAGUGAGCUUCCUUGUUAAACGUCUAAGUUUCGCGUUUUUCUAUCUCCGUCAUUCUGGAAUUGUCAGUGACAUAUCGAGAAACCCUGGGUACGAAAUAGAUGAUGCAAUCGACUGUGCUCGCCAUUUUGCCUUUCACAUGUGGACUAGUAAAUAAAACAUGAGUGUUUUAAGCGCGCUGGUGAGGUUAACAAAGGAAACUCCGAAAUUGACCAAGAAAGCAACAAAGAGGAGAACAGACUGAAAAUCAAACAGCUGGAGCAUAUUCAAAGCAAGCGACGCCACGAUGGCUUAAGGAGUUUCCAUGGCUGCAAUGCAAGGAAGACUCGGAACAGAGUCUUAAUUUUGUUAUGUUUCUACUAUGGAUAGUGGAAAAUAUGAUUCUUUCAUUUUUGGAAAGUAAAAUUUUACUAUUAUGGAAAGUAAAUUUUCAUAUCUACUUUCCACAGUGGCAAGUUAUGUCAAAAGUUAGUGUCGAGCCCUGAUUAUUUUUAUUUCCCUGCAGAUCAUUUCUAUAUACAGUGAAACCUCUAUUAAGCAGACCCCCAAUUAAGUGGACACCCUCUAUUAAGCGGACACCAAGCCAGAUCCCAAAAUGAACAUCUGAUAUUUCCCUUUAUAACGAACCCCUAUUCAACGGACACCUCUAUUAAGUGAACCCGGACACUAAAAUAAGUUUUAUUUGGCUAAUUUCUAUUGUUAAAAACCUCUAUUAAGUGGACACCGGACUGAAUUGACAAUAGUAGUGUCGGAUUACGUCCUUGAAAUACUGUACGCACUGAAGUCAGUUGAUGUUUUUGCAUUUACAAACAAAUUAAAGUUGGUAAUAAAAGGUAAUGAACUUGAACUCUGGAUAGCUUCUUUAACAACAUGCAACUUUAUCACAGUACAGAGUAACCAUUGAAUGUUGAUUGUUAACAAACAUUGUGCAAUUUUUACAACCUCUGUCGAGCAGACACCCUCUAUUAAGCGGACAGUUGGGAAGGUCCCGAAGGUGUCCACUAAAUAGAGGUUUCACCGUAAUUUUAUCCUAAAUCUUGAAACAAAACUCAAACCACAUCUGUCAAGCACUUGACAAGUCAAAACAGACAUUACUGUAGUCCUAAACAUUGACUUUAUCUUAAUGCAGCUGUGUAUUCUUUGUUUUUGUUUUGCAUUGGCCAAAUUAAUACUAAAGGCGAAUUAUCCACAUAGACAGAUAAUCCAUCAGAUGACUAAUAAUGGUCAUCAUUUGUCUAGGUAUAAAUUUGUGGUAUAGUUACCAGUCUCCCCAAGUCAAACUGAAUCAUCAUUUCUGUCUAGAUAUAAAUUUAGAGACGGAUUAACUGUCUCAGAUCAGUGUGCAAAGAAAGUACUGUCCGAUAGCCCGGGGCUAGUGGAUUUUGCUAUAGGGCUAGAGAAUUCUGUUCUUAACUUGCCCGACGGGCAAGUGAAGUUUUUUGAGGAAUUCAAAUUACCGAAGAACUGUGAAAUCAAUCUGCUCAUCAAAUGCUUUUGGGGCUAGUUGAAAUGUUGUUUGGGCUAGUAAAUGUAAGCUCCAGCUUGCCCGAAUGGCAAGCUGUAAAAAUGACUUUUUUGCACCCUGUAGAUGAGUUACGGGUUAGUAGUACAUGUCUAAGAAACAUGAACAAACCACAAACUGUGCAACACCAUUAAUGUGCCACACAACAGACACAAAGUUAGUUUUUGUAGGUUGAUAUUGAUUCUUUGUAAUCCGUUUUAAAACUUUCCAGGACAAUAGAUAGGAACAGGUCUACUGAGAAGCAUUAGGGUCAAAAUGUUAUUAUCAUUUUCUUGAAAAAGUAGAUCGCUUGCCUUGCUUUGUUUUGUUUUGGGUCACGUUACUUUCCUUGAAUUUGCAUUUUCACUUGACUCCUCUACAAUAUUUUUAUUUCAUUUGAUUGAAAUGCACACUGUACAGUGACACCUUUUUUUCCCUAUUCAGGGGUUUCUUUAAAAAUUGAAGUAGCCAGCAGGUUUGAAUAGAGUAACUGACUGUGUAUCAGCAAGGGACCGUUAAUCACCUUUUUCUAGGGGAAAAGUUUGAAAUUUCAGAGCCGUAAAAUGUGAUUUUCAGCAUUCUGGGGACGAAAUGUGACGACUAAAAAGCGUUUUUUUUUUUUUUUUUCAUUCAAAAAAAUGUAGCUUUCAAUUUAUAUGUCCCACAGUCAAUUCCUACAAGCAAUGAACAAAUGAACAUACUUUUGCACGUGAACAAAUUCUGCGUAAACCUAUAAAAGAAACUUGUGAAAAAAAUGUCCAAAAUAUAGUGUUCACAUGACUUAAGCACAAUAGAAAACUAGUGGGCCCUUACGAAAACACAUCAUAAUUACGUUUUCAUUCAGGUUUUAUGAUAUAUUUCUUGUCUACAACGUUAUUCAAACUGGUUGCUUCUUCUUUGUAGUGUGAAGUCGCCAACUUUUCUGAGCAAAGUAGCCAAUGCAUUUCGUCGGCCGUCGGUGCUUAUUGAAACCCCUGCUUAUUUCCGUAAAUUUGCUUGGAAAACCCAAUAACUCAAAACACCCAGUACAUAAGUCAGCCAAUGACCCUUUAGAAUUUUGCACAAUGCAUGAAUGUUGAACAUGAAGAUAUACAAGUAUUUACUGUGUGUGGUUGAAGACCAAGGGCAAGGGCUUUCAUGAAGGAAAGGAAUGGGCCCUUUUGUAAUAUUUUGGUCAAAUGACCAGUUAACUUAAUACUUGUCAAGUUAGAGCUGUUCUAUAUUUUUCCAUGGGAAGAGCAUACUUCAGUUAACUAGGGCUCAAAAUUUCAGUCCAGUGUAGCCUGCACAAUGGUGAGAUUUUCACACUUACCAAUGAAAUGUUUCAUAUAGAGGUAAGUAAGCCUUGCCACCCAGAAACAUUUUCUAUUUUUAAUCUUUUGAAAAAGAAACAGAUGCUAUAUAACAUAACUUAAAGAAACAAGAAGAGAGUAAAAAAUGAAUUACUCUUAGCAGAAAAUGUGUGGCUUGUGAUGUGCAAGGGGGGAUUUUACGAUGGUAAAUCAGUGAAAAUUCAUGUGAUUACCAUAGCAAUGUUCCUACAUUUAAAUUCUUAUUCUUUUAUCUUUUUUCAAUCCAGGAGGCUGAGGAGCUGUGGGCCUAUUUUGACAGAGAUGGAGCAGGUGGAAUUAACAUUGAUGAGUUCAUUCUUGCUUUCCGGGUAAUUAAAUAAGUAAAAGUAGAGAGACAUGUAGCAGAUCCACAAAGUGGUUCUUCAUCUACCAAUCCUAGUGAAUUGAAAGUUGGAGAUGUUGGUUUUUGAGGAGGGGGAAACCAGAGCAUGAGAGAGAACCAACAACAAACUCAACCCACAGAGUCAAUGGCGGGAUUGAACUUGCGUCAGUCUCACAUUGCAGGUGGGAGGCGAGUUCUCUCACCACUGUGCAACCCUUAAUCUCAGGGCCAGCGUGCAAAGAAAGUAGUGUCCGAUAGCCCAGGGCUAGUGGAAUUUGCUAUCGGGCUAGUGAAUUCUGUUAUUAACUUUCCCGAUGGGCAAGUGAUCUUUUUUGAGGAAAUCGAAUGACAGAAGAACUGUGAAAUCAAUUCUGCUCUUCAAAAAGCUUUCAGGGCUAGUUGAAAUGACGUCUGGGCUAGUAAAUGUUAGCUUCAGCUUGCCCAAAUGGCAAGCUGUAAAAAUGAUUUUCUUUGCACCCUGAGGGCUCCCAAAACAUGUAACAUGUUAUGUAGCUCUCCAUCACCAUCCCUCCUUGUGUUUCCAAAAUGUUAAUCACAUGGCUUGCACAUUGUAGGACUUCAAAAGCAGAUUUCUUGUUGCUUUCGUUUUUUUCUUUCCUUCUAGGAAAGGCAACCAGUUUUUGAAAUGUUCAACACACCUUAAAAUCUGCUACUUUUUUGAAUUUCUUGUUGCCGUCACCCUCUUCAUUGCUUAGGCUUCCUAUUUUUUAAGUCCCUAAAAUUAAUAUAUGUGCUCCACACUCAGUCCUGGAAAGGUAGAUGUUUUUGUGGAAAUGAUUGAGCUAGACAGUGUUCUCCAGGAACUUAAAGCAGAGGGAGAAAAAAUUUAAGUAGGUGCCACUAGUUUGCAUUGGGGCUGGUUUUUCAAAGCUGGGUUAAGAUAACCCAGGGUGUGUGAAAUUUGAAUUCAGGUAUGAAAGCUUUAAAUGCAAAUUCACUCUUAAUUCUUUUUGUCUAUAAUUUGAUGAUUGGAUGCUCUAUAAAGAAUGGAGAAAAUUAUCUGAGAAAAUGCCUUUAAACAAAUUAAGAAAAAGAAACCCAGAUUUAAAUUUAACUCUGAGUUAGCACUAAUCAGCCUUCGAACAACUGGGCCCAGAUCAAUAGGUGAAGAGUACCUUUCAUGCAUCACACCCGUUGGUCAGGAAGGGCAUGCUUUGGGGACAUCCCCCUUGGGAGCCCUGAGAAGUGCAUUUAACCCUUUAAGCCCCAAUAUCCACAUACAAAUUCUCCAAACUGAUCUCUAUACAUUUCCUUCAUGGAUGGGUUGAGAGAAUUUGAUAAAAGAUUGAGGCAUUUUCUCUUAGGUGAUCAGUUUAGUAAUUCUCAUAACCUAAUCUCUGGACAAUCUAUGGAUAUGGUUCAGAGAAAAUUGAUGUUGGUCACCAUUGGGACUUAAAGGGUUGAGUGCAUUUUGAUCAGGGAAAGAAUUGUAGCCAUAUGGAUGGCACCUUAAUUCACCUACAUGUAUUUUAAUAAUAUUAAAACUUAAAUUAUUUAUGUUUGUUUUUGUCCCACAAAACUGUUGAAAAAACUUCAUUUUUGUUUGGUGUAAUGAACAGACUCGGACAUGAGUUUUUAUUGGUUUAGCCAUGAGCAUGAUACAUGCCACAAAACCUUAAUGGCUAUUUACUCAACCUACAGAAACCCUUGGAAGGUUCAAGGUUAAAAAUUGUCAAACAGGCAUUUAAAAAAGCUGACAAGACAGGAGAUGGUGUUAUAAACUGUAAGGAUUUAAAAGGGUAAGUUUGUUUAAGCCUGUAUUAAACGUUGGUCCAUUCUUUUGCAAAAUUAAUCUCAUUUGCCUGUUGUCUUGGCCCCGUUUCAAACGUUGUGCUACUGCUGUGCCGAACUCAAUUGAUCGAAUUAAAUUCGACUUUAGUACGGCAGUAGCACGACAUUUGAAAGCAAGUCGUGCUAAUGCCGUGUAGCGUGGCAAGCCUUGCCAUGCUACACGGCAGUAGCUCAACUUGGUUUCAAACAUUUUGCUACUGCCAUGCCGAACUCAAUUCAUAAAUUAUAAGCUUAGCACGGCGGUAGCACAACGUUUGAAACAAGCCUUAGUAUAUUUUCCCAGGAUGCAAGCUUUGAAAACUUCCUUCGCCUGAGCUCCAGAGCAAGCAAUUUUUCAUGACCACAUUUUCUGUUAUAAUGAAUUGAUUUUUUUUGUCAUUUGGAGUGGAUUAUUUUGAUAUUAUUAUAUAAACACCAAUGAAAUACCAGGUGAGCUUUCGUGCGAAAACUUGAUAUCUUCACAUGUGAAAAUAUCACCUUUGCUAUGGCUACAUAAUAAAUUGCGCCUUUCACACCUAAAAACUAUUAAAGUGAAAUGGUUUGGCAUUUCAUUAGUGUUUAUAUAAUAAAUAGAACAUUGCAUGGCCACUUGGAGAUGCGAAAUUUCUCUUCUCAUGUUGAAAAAAUAUUUCACUUGUUCGCUGCACUCACUCGUGAAAUAUUUUUCAACACUCGAAGAGAAAUUUUGUAUCUCCGCACGGCCAUGUAAUAUCCUCUAUUAAUCCUUGGUUCAAAUUCUGUUUUCUUUUGCUUUUGGGUAUGGUAAUGUAUGAUAAUAACAUGAUAAGGAGUCUAAAACAAAAGAAUAAUUAAAUUAAACCAAGGAUAAAAUUGAACCACAACAUGUACAUUAUUAUUUAUCAAGACAUAUCUUCACAAACAAGUUUUUAGUGGAAGUUAGUUUUAAUUAUCUGUCACCGUUUCUUGCAGAGGCUACAACUGCAGAGAGCACCCCAAGUAUAAAAAUGGAGAAAUGACAGAAAUGGAGGUAUUUCAGGAAUUUUUAAAGAACUUUGAGCCAGACCAGGGAAAAGAUGGACAGGUUGGUUGUCUUCAUUGAUUGAUAGUCAUAAAUAUUAAACGGGACAGGUGAAAUUUCUUGGCACAAUUUUAAACCAUAUUGAUAACUUCCAAGACUGGUGAAGAUCAGGAGUGCUCUAUAGUUACUGAGCUACAUGUACAGAGAACUCCAUGGGUUUCAUGGGGUGCACCAAAACCUAUGUCCGAUUGUCUAGGACAGGUAGAAAUCUAGUUCGGACGUGUAAACCUUUGACAUAACUUGUCUGUGGGACAAGCACAUUUUUAAGUAGAAAAAAUACAAAAACAGUUUAAAAUUGACUUCAAAUUUCAGUAAAAUUAAAAUUUAUCUUAUAGUUAUAAAUACAAACCUCAUACUUGACAAAAUAUGGUAAUCUUCCUUUAAACUUCGCCAUUCCACGGCCAUUUCAUUUUGUUUUUUCACGAGUUCCAUUUCAGGUGGAAGUCAAAAACAAUUUAUAAGGCUAGUAAUGUCAUUAGAAACAUUAAAUGCCCAAUUGUUUUUGAGUUUCAAGUUUCAAGUUUCAAGCAAAAGUUUUUGGACAGGAACUCUUAAGUUUCAGACAACCAAAUUUAACCCUUUAAGUCCCAAUAGUGUUCAACAUCAAUUUUCUCCUAACAAUAUCCAUACACUGUCAAGAGAUAAAGUUAUGAGAAUUAAUAAAAUGAUCACCAUAGAGAAAAUUCCAUGAUAUUUUAUCAAAUUCUCUCAACUAAUUCUUAAAGUAGAUGUAUGGAGAUCAGUUUGGAGAAUUUGUAUGUGGAUAUUGGGGCUUAAAGGGUUAAUAUAGUGCUUGUCCAAAGGACAAGUGGAUAAGAAAUAUAUUUUUCUCUUACUCUGUUUCACCAUUAAUUUACAAGGCCCUGUUACAAGGGGGUAAGGGCAAAAAAAGUUCCAUCCAGUUGUCCAGGACAAGUAGAUUUUCUUGCUGGGAAAGUAAAGACAAACAGGCAGUGGUCCCUGGGGCCUGUUUCUCUAAAGUCCCGGUAACGUUUUGGGUCCAAAAAUCUGUUUUGUGUUUGCAUCCACGAUCAAAGUCUCAAUAAUUUUGAAAAUAAUACAACAAAACUAUCAGUUAGCAAAGCAAAAUUGACUAGUUUGUGAGCUAAGAACUGUGCUACUAUUCAAUAGGUUUUGAUUUUAAAAUUUUCCUUCGUUCCCAAAAAGUUUCCGGGCCUUUUGAGAAACAUACCCCAGGCAAGCAAAAUGUGAGAGCUCGUUUGGACAAGCUGGAAUUCAAUUUUUUGUUAGCCCUGAAGGGGUGGGGGUGGGAGGGGGUGGGGUUAGUGGUUUAAAUCAAAAUCUGUGACAACAUUUUGCAAUCCUUAUUCUUGCAGCUUUUUGUAAGUCAGAGCAGUUAACAGCAUGUUUACAGAUUGAAUGUUAUUGUUCAACAUCUACUAAACAGAUUAACACUCAUCUUUAUAGUAAUAUUUCUUGUUCAACAUUGUUCAUAUAUGAUUAUAUGAUUUUCAUAUAUUCAUAACUUCAAUGUUCAACUUGUCGAAUGGCCUAUCUCAACAAUCAACAUGUCACGUAGUUACACGUAAUCAAGAGAUCAGGCGUUUCUGCACGAGUCCUUGAGAAAGUUAGGCAGAACAAGAGAAAUAAUAUUGCUGCGACUCCCUAAGAGAAGAGCAAGACAGUAAUCUUUGGGCCUUUUGCGGUUUCUUGUGUGUCCUGUUGCUAUUAAUAAGGCUUUGCAAACUGGAUUUGUUUGUCGGGGUGACUUUUCACGAGGACAUGUAUGUCCAGCAGUGUCAUCAUUAUUUUAUUUCAGAUCAUAACACUCUUAUUGCAUUAUUCUAAUACUACUAGUAGUAAGCAAAGGUUACGAAGUAUGGGUGACAACAAAAUGCUCUUGCUCCAACACUGCUUUGUGUAAUUUUCAUGUGAUAGAUGGUCAAAACACACAGAUAAGAUUUCCAGUGAUAGAAGGUCUACAUGCACAUGACCAGAUUGCCUUCUAUGCAUUUCAUUCAUUCUCAGUGGGAGUCCAAACAAAGCUGGCUACAUAAAGGCCCUGCCAGGGUAAAUUCCAACUAGCGACAUGGCCCAAAAAGUAGCGACAGCGCGUAAAAUGAAAUCGCGAUGAGACAACCUCCUUCGCCCAAAUUGUGACAGUGAUGGCAAAACCGACAAUAAGCGACAAGCAUUUAUAAACACUGACACGAGACGUUUUAAAAUUCAGACAGGUGACAUGGACCCCCCCCCCUGGCAGGGCCUCUACAUACAAGCCCGGGGGGGCACUCCCAUACAUUACCUAUACGGGUAUGUGCCGCCCAACGGGGUCGUGAUUUUGAAGCUCCUGAUUUAGAACGGAGUAUCCAUUUCAGAGGCGUUUUGUAGAACGGGGUAUAAAAAAAUGUGUAUCACAGCUUUAUCUUCUGCUUAAAAUUGUUGCUGGUUAUGAAGAAGCAUUUAUUUGAUGUAUAAGUCGAACAAAGAGAGAAACAUCUCUUUAAAAAAACAAGUCUAUUUCAAUUUACACACUUUCUGGAACGGAGUAUAAAAAAUUGGCCCAUUUCUAGAACGGGGUAUCAGUUUUAGGGCAAAUUCUAGAACGGGGUAUAAAAAAUUGGCCCAUUUCUAGAACGGGGUAUCAGUUUUAGGGCGAAUUCUAGAACGGGGUAUAAAAAAUUUGCCCAUUUCUAGAACGGGGUAUCAAUUUUUGGGGAAAUUUUUUUAGAAUGGGGUGGCAAUUUGGAGUCCCGGGCAGCACAUAUCCACCCAAAAAAUACCCAAGUGCCCCCCAGGGGGCAUACAAGAACGUGCCAUGCACGCAUAUAGGAUCGUACUAAUUUUGCACAUUAUGGCUUAACUACUAACUGACCAAUAAAACUAAAGGGUCUGUAAUUAACAAUGUAUGCUACUUCAUCAUUAUUUUCUCAGAUGAAGUGUUACUGCCAGCAUCUGCUUCCAGCCCUAUACUUACAAUUUGUAACCUCUAGUUAUAUUAUUGUUCUUUGGUAUUAAUUUUUAGGUCACAGAGAAAGAAUUUUGCGAGUACUACGCUUGCCUUGGGGCAAACAUUGAUAACGACGCCUACUUUGAUCUCAUGGUUAGAAAUGCUUGGAAGAUAUAAACAUCAGUAAAGCUCUUUCUUUGAGGGAGUUCUCAGUUUCAUUUUCUUAAUGCUUUACUUGCAUAAUUAUUGUUGACAAAAUUCAAGAAAUUUCCCAGAAUUUUUAUCAUAAAAUACCUCUCUCCUUUGAAGAAUAGCUUCAUGAUAGGAAAAUGAUUGCAUGGCAGACGAUGAGAAGAGAGAAAUGCUCUAUUUUCUUUCAAUGUCCUUCACAUUGUCCCCAAUAUUCUUUCUUUUUGUUUCUCUCUACCCAUCCUCUUACAGGGGUGGUGAAUGGUACCUCGAAAAACGUGGGUCUUGGAAAAAUUUUAACAGGAUCUCGAAAUCUCGGAAGCAUUUUUGAUAAGUCUGGAAGUCUCGUUUUUGCAUGGUUUGUCUUUACUUUUUUUGAGUCUCGAAACUUUUUACCAAAGAGUCUCUGGCUCGGAUUUCUAACUAGGGUCUCUGCGUCUCGGUGAGUCUCGGAUUUUACCAUUCGCCACCCCUUCUUACUGCAAAGGAGAGACUGCUGGCUAUAAGCUAAAUCACGAUAGAUCUUUUUACGGAUGCGGCAGCCAUAUUGAAUUUAUUAGAUUUAAGGAGUAUUAUGGGAUGCUCAGGGGGGCACUCGCUCAGUAUUUGCACGCGUUUUUUAAGCAAAAAGAGAACUUCACUGUAUAUUUCUCGGGGAAAAGGCGAUAAUUAUUUCAGUCCAAACACAGCACAAUGAUCUUUUUUUACCCAUUACAAUCUUUUUCUACGAAAACUUAAAGAGAGAUUGGCCCAAAAAGCAUGCCUAAAUCUGGAGCGAGUAUGUCAGAUCAUGCUCAUGCCCCCUGGGCAUCCUAUAAUACUCCUUAAAAUUAAUAUAAUAAUUCAAUAUGGCUGCCAUAUCAGUAAAAAGGUCAAUUAUCAACCGCUGUUCAAGAUAAAGGACCCCCUCCUCUCCUAAAGGGAGGCACGAAGCUGAACUUAAGAGCAGUGGAAAUUGUGCCCACUGCAGAGGAGAUCGAUAGAUAAAAUAUUGCAAAACAAAUAGUACUGUCUAUGUAAAAUAUGGUACUGUUAGAUUUUCAGUAUUUUAUGAUAUGAAAUCUGGAAUUUUUUAUUCUUGAAUUUGAUUUUAAGCAGUCUUUGGUUCAUAACUUUCUUCUGAGCUUUAACAAUUCCUCAAUAGGAAAUCAAUAGACUACUACUCCUCAAAAGUAUCUACUAACUGACAAAAGGCCCUUUUCACCCAUAGACACACGUUUGUGCCCUGGGAGAGCACAGCACACCCACACGGGCAGUUUCCCACAAAUUUCAUAUUGUUUUCGUAUUGUUUUAUCGUUGACAAGUCAGUUUUUCUAGAUGAAAAAGGAGAAUUUUUUAAACCUUUUUGCUUCUGAUUGUUUUAGCAGCAUUAAAGUAGUAACAGGAGUUGCAGCAUUUAAAUAGCAAAGUGAAACAUGAGAGCUCAAACACCAUGAUGAUCCUGAAAUGUGGUUUAUUAAUAUAUUGGUAGUUUUAUUGGGGCAGCAUAUAAUGUUAACUUGUUAAAAUGUACAAGACAUGUAAUGCUUUAUUACAGUUUUCAGAGUGAAACUUUUAGUGAAGUAAAGUAACUUUGGCUUUCCGCACUCAUCACCAAUGACAAACAACCCAUGAAGUGUAAGAAGUACUGCUCGAUUACGCAGUUUCUCCUUCUUGUUUUUACCAUGCUUUUGUGAGUUUUAGUUAAACAAAAUCGUUAUAUUUGCAGAGAAUCUGUCCAAUUUUGUUGUUAGAUUCUCUAGUCGCCUGCAUGUUUUAAUAAUCUUUAGUCAUGCUUGUAUCUUAAACUUAAAUUGUUGCUUGAAAUAAAGUUUUAAAACCUUU